AGAACUGUCCCUUUCUCUCACAUUCAUAUUUUACAUUUUCCCGGCAACACUAUCAAAACCCUAAUCCCCAAAAUUUCCCUUUUCAAUUAGGGUUUACACUUUUCUCAAUCAGAUUCAUUUUCACUCACUCCAACAAUUGGAUCCAAAAUCUCAGAUUCAUUUUGAAGUGAAUGGAGAGAAAAGGAAUCAACAAUGAUUACAGUUCAGAAGAUGAAGGUACUGAACACUAUAGGCGUGGUGGGUAUCAUGCUGUGAAACUUGGUGAUGCUUUCAACAAUGGCUGCUAUGUUGUUCAAUCUAAGCUUGGUUGGGGUCAUUUUUCUACUGUUUGGCUUGCUUGGGAUACUCUCAAAUCGCGUUAUGUGGCCCUUAAAAUUCAAAAGAGUGCGCAACACUACACUGAAGCUGCAAUGGAUGAAAUAAAGAUUCUCAAACAAAUUGAAGAGGGAGACCCUGACGACAAAAAAUGUGUUGUGAAGCUUUUGGAUCAUUUUAAGCAUUCAGGGCCUAAUGGUGUGCAUGUGUGUAUGGUUUUUGAAUUCCUUGGUGAUAAUCUUCUCACCCUUAUCAAAUAUAGUGACUAUCGUGGAGUUCCUCUCUCCAUGGUGAAAGAGAUAUGUUUUCAUGUUCUAGUGGGCUUGGAUUACUUGCACCGUGAGCUAUCUGUCAUACACACUGAUUUGAAGCCUGAGAAUGUGUUACUUCAUUCACUGAUUGAUCCGUCAAAGGAUCCAAGGAAAUCUGGUGCUCCACUUAUCCUUCCAAACACCAAGAAUAAGGCUGUGUCUAAUAAUGACAUUACUCAAAACUGUAAAAUUGGGAAUGGAGAUCCUACGAAGAACCAGGAGAAGAAAAUGAAGGGAAAGGGUAAGAGGGUGGCUCAAGGCUGUGUUGAGAAGGAAAGUCCAGAUGAAUCUGGGGAGGAUUGUAAAGAACCUGAGCAGGAUAAUUGUAACAAUGUGAAAUCCUGUGUAGAAUCUGUUGAAAACAAACCCAAUAGCUCUUCGAGUAAAGGUGAAUCAACACAGACCAUUGAAAAAGACCUUGCACCAGGAAAUGACGCUCAUAAGAAAAGUAGCCGUUCCAUGAGAAAGAAGCUGCUGGCAGCUGUUGAUCUUAAGUGCAAGCUGGUUGAUUUUGGUAAUGCUUGUUGGACUUAUAAACAGUUCACAAAUGAUAUUCAAACAAGGCAAUAUAGGUGUCCUGAGGUCCUUCUUGGUUCUAAGUACUCAACUCCAGCAGAUAUGUGGUCCUUUGCUUGCAUCUGCUUUGAGCUUGCUACUGGUGAUGUUCUUUUUGAUCCUCACAGUGGUGACAACUAUGAUAGGGAUGAGGAUCAUCUGGCAUUGAUGAUGGAACUUCUUGGAAAGAUGCCUAGCAAGAUUGCACUUGGUGGCCGCUAUUCCCGAGAUUUUUUCAAUAGACAUGGUGACUUGAGGCACAUCCGUGAGUUGCGAUUCUGGCCGAAAAAAAAGAUUCUGAUGGAGAAGUAUAAUUUCAGUGAACAAGAUGCAAAUGAAAUGGCUGACUUCCUUCUUCCAAUACUUGAUUUUGACCCUGAAAAGAGGCCAACAGCUGCUCAGUGCCUUACCCAUCCAUGGAUAAGUGCAGGUCCUCGAACUCUUGAGCCCUCACUGACUAGUACACAACCUGAUGCAAUCAAUGAGCAUUCAUUUGAAAAGAGAAGGAAGGACAAGGAAAAGGCUGAGCAGGAGUUGGUGGAAGUUGGUGUUAGGAAUAUAGCUAUUAAUGGAUCUCCUAUGUCACUCAAAAACUCCCGACCCGUAAAGUCAUCAACAUAGAUGCAAAUUCGUUUGUCGUCAACCUCUAAAGCCAUUAGUGAAGAAUAUCCAACCUGUUUUUGUUUUGCUUUUUUUUUGCAUGGACACAUCUUGUUGGUUCUUGGAACUUGAAUUCUAUGGAAGAGUAGUGCUAACAUCACACUCUUUUAUUGGUUGAAAUUUGAAUGAAUUCCACUAAAUCACAUUGGCCCUACAAGGAUUUCAACCAACAAAAGAGUGUGUAUUGAAAAUAGUUUGUUGGAGAGUGAGUUGCUAGCAUGAUUUUCUGUGUAUUACAGACUUGUCAUCGAACUUGUGAUUUGGGAAGCCCUUCUUUCACCAUAAACUAGUAUUACAGGGGUUGCUUCAAAUCUAAUUUAUCAGUGCUAUUUAUAAACUGAUGUUUUGCGAUUGUUUGCAACUUCUAGACUGUGUUUUUGUCUUCCCGUAAUAGUAUUUUAGGGAUUUGUAUGAGUCAAUUCUCUGCGUCUUACUUGGUGGCUGUGGACUUCACUCUUUUUUAGUAUGAGUUUAUGGUGCAUUUAACUUAGGUUAGUGUUCAUUGUAUAUA